AGUAUGAAGGAGAUGGUAGGAGGCUGCUGCGUAUGUUCGGACGAGAGGGGCUGGGCCGAGAACCCGCUGGUCUACUGCGAUGGGCACGCGUGCAGCGUGGCCGUCCACCAAGCUUGCUAUGGCAUUGUUCAAGUGCCAACGGGACCCUGGUUCUGCCGGAAGUGUGAAUCUCAGGAGCGAGCAGCCAGGGUGAGGUGUGAGCUGUGCCCACACAAAGACGGGGCAUUGAAGAGGACUGAUAAUGGAGGCUGGGCCCAUGUGGUGUGUGCCCUCUACAUACCCGAGGUGCAGUUUGCCAACGUGCUCACCAUGGAGCCCAUCGUGCUGCAGUACGUGCCUCAUGAUCGCUUCAACAAGACAUGCUACAUCUGUGAGGAGCAGGGCCGGGAAAGCAAGGCAGCCUCAGGAGCCUGCAUGACCUGUAACCGCCAUGGAUGUCGACAGGCUUUCCACGUCACCUGUGCCCAGAUGGCAGGCCUGCUGUGUGAGGAAGAAGUGCUGGAGGUUGACAACGUCAAGUACUGUGGCUACUGCAAAUACCACUUCAGCAAGAUGAAGACAUCCCGGCACACCAGUGGGGGAGGAGGAGGAGGAGGAGGAGGCGGCAGCAGCAGCAGUGGCACAGGGGGAGGUGGCAGUGGCUUCAUCUCUGGCAGGAGAAGCCGGUCAACCUCACCAUCCACCCAGCAGGAGAAGCACCUCACCCAUCAUGACAGGGGCCAGAAGAAGAGUCGAAAGGACAAAGAACGCCUUAAACAGAAGCACAAGAAGCGGCCUGAGUCACCUCCCAGCAUCCUCACCUCACCUGUGGUCCCUGCUGGUGACAAGGUCUCCUCCUCGGCUUCUUCUUCCUCCCACCAUGAGGCCAGCACGCAAGAGACCUCUGAGAGCAGCAGGGACUCAAAGGGGAAAAAGUCUUCCAGCCAUAGCCUGAGUCAUAAGGGGAAGAAACUGAGCAGUGGGAAGGGUGUGAGCAGUUUUACCUCCACCUCUUCCUCUUCAUCCUCCUCCUCUUCCUCCUCCUCUGGGGGGCCCUUCCAGCCUACAAUCUCAUCCCUACAGAACUCCCCUGACUUCUCUGCAUUCCCCAAGCUGGAGCAGCCAGAGGAGGACAAGUACUCCAAGCCCUCAGCCCCAACCCCUUCAGCCCCUUCUUCUCCCUCAGCCCCUGAGCCCCCCAAGGCUGACCUUUUUGAGCAAAAGGUGGUCUUCUCUGGCUUUGGGCCCAUCAUGCGCUUUUCCACUACCACCUCCAGCUCGGGCCGGGCCCGGGCCCCCUCCCCUGGGGACUAUAAGUCUCCCCACGUCACAGGAUCUGGCGCCUCAGCUGGCACCCACAAGCGGAUGCCCUCACUAAGCGCCACCCCUGCACCUGCUGAUGAUACCCCUGAAACAAGCCUGAAGGAGAAGAAGCACAAAGCCAGCAAGAGGAACCGACAUGGGCCAGGCCGUCCCAAGGGCAGCCGGAACAAGGAAGGCACUGGGGGCUCGGCUGCCCCCUCCCUGCCCAGUGCCCAGCUGGCUGGCUUUACUGCUACUGCUGCCUCACCCUUCUCUGGUGGUUCCCUGGUCAGCUCUGGCCUGGGUGGUCUGGCCUCUCGCAACUUUGGACCUUCUGGGAGCUUGCCUAGCCUGAGCCUAGAGUCUCCCCUGCUGGGAGCAGGCAUCUACACCAGUAAUAAGGACCCCAUCUCCCAUGGUGGCGGGAUGCUGCGGGCUGUCUGCAGUACCCCCCUCUCCUCCAGCCUGUUGGGACCCCCAGGGACCUCAGCUCUGCCCCGACUUAGUCGCUCCCCAUUCACCAGCACCCUUACCACCUCCUCUGCUUCUAUUUCCACCACUCAGGUGUUUUCUCUGGCUGGCUCUACCUUUAGCCUCCCUUCUACUCACAUCUUUGGAACCCCUAUGGGUGCCCUUAACCCUCUCCUCACCCAAGCUGAGAGCAGCCACACAGAGCCAGACCUGGAGGACUGCAGCUUCAGAUGUCGGGGAACCUCCCCCCAGGAGAGUCUGUCUUCCAUGUCCCCCAUCAGCAGUCUCCCGGCACUCUUCGACCAGACAGCCACUACACCCUGUGGGGGCGUCCAAUUAGACUCUGCGGCCCAAGGGACAACUAACAUGGAGCAGCUGCUGGAGAAGCAGGGCGAUGGGGAGGCCGGUGUCAACAUUGUGGAGAUGCUGAAGGCGCUGCAUGCGCUGCAGAAGGAAAACCAGCGUCUGCAAGAGCAGAUCCUAAGCCUGACCGCUAAGAAGGAACGGCUGCAGAUUCUCAACGUGCAGCUCUCUGUGCCCUUCCCCGCCCUACCUGCCGCCUUGCCUGCCGCCAAUGGCCCUGUCCCUGGGCCCUAUGGCCUGCCUCCCCAAGCUGGCAGCAGCGACUCCUUGAGCACCAGCAAGAGCCCUCCAGGGAAGAGCAGUCUGGGCCUGGACAAUUCGUUGUCCACGUCUUCCGAGGACCCACACUCAGGCUGCCCCAGCCGCAGCAGCUCGUCGCUGUCCUUCCACAGCACGCCCCCACCGCUGCCCCUGCUCCAGCAGAGCCCUGCCACUCUGCCCUUGGCCCUGCCUGGGGGCCCUGCCCCACUCCCACCCCAGCCACAGAACGGGUUGGGCCGGGCACCAGGGGCAGCAGGGCUAGGGGCCAUGCCCAUGGCUGAGGGGCUGUUGGGGGGGUUGGCAAGCAGUGGGGGCCUGCCCCUCAAUGGGCUCCUGGGAGGGUUGAAUGGGGCUGCUGCCUCCAACCCUCCGGGCUUGAACCAGGCUGGUGGGGCCCCCACGCUGCAGCUGCCUGGUUGUCUCAACAGCCUAACCGAGCAGCAGAGACACCUCCUUCAGCAGCAAGAGCAGCAGCUCCAGCAACUGCAGCAGCUCCUCGCUUCUCCACAGCUGACCCCGGAACACCAGACCGUGGUCUACCAGAUGAUCCAGCAGAUCCAACAGAAGCGGGAGCUGCAGCGCCUACAAAUGGCUGGGGGCUCCCAGCUGCCCAUGGCCAGCCUUCUGGCAGGAAGCUCCACCCCACUGCUGUCCACGGGCACCCCUGGCCUGCUGCCCACAGCAUCUGCCCCACCCCUACUGCCUGCUGGAGCCCUAGUGGCUCCCUCACUUGGCAACAACACAAGUCUCAUGGCUGCAGCAGCUGCGGCUGCAGCAGUAGCAGCAGCAGGCGGACCUCCAGUCCUCACUGCCCAGACCAACCCCUUCCUCAGCCUGUCGGGGGCGGAAGGCAGUGGCAGUGGCCCCAAAGGAGGGACUGCUGACAAAGGAUCUUCAGCCAACCAGGAAAAAGGUUAAAUCUACCCAUACCCCUGCUGACCCCCCCCCCCAGUGGAGGGGGUAGAUCCUGGCCUGAGGGGUUCUAGCCUGGAGCAGGUACCUGCACCCAGAGCAUGUGUGGAGGUCCAGGGAGUGUAGGAGCUCCUGGUACCAGUACUGAGGACUGAGACUGAGAGAAGAGCCCCUUCCAUCUGGGCCCCUUCCCUCUCUGCACCGGCCCCUCUGUGGGGGACUCAUAGGAAGGACAGGCUCUGAGCCCACCUAGGAGCGCCCACAGUCAUAAAUGUUUUGGGGUCCCCCAGAAGGCAUAAGUAGGGCGCUGGUUGAACCUGUCACAUAAUAUGGAUCAGCACUUGAAUGGGGAGAAGUAGAGGGACAGGCCCUGGGCCUGCAUGGAAAUUUUGUAUGGAAAAAGGGCUGGCCCAACUUUACCUGUGGUUCCUUCCCAACUUGGGCAGAUGGCAGAAGGGAUCCCAUGGACUGUUUCUCACCGUCCCUCCCCCACAAGGGUCACAAGCUGAGCUUGUAAAAGCCCACAGGCGGAGGUGGCUGAGGAAGGGGCAGGAUAACAUCAUACUCAGCCCAAGCCUCCCUAUCUUAGGGCCCCGGUGAUGGGGAGGGGAGGAGAGGGUGGGUAGGGGAGGCCUCAGCCUUCCUUGGUGCCCUGCGCCCUGUUUGCACUAUUGGAUUAGGAGUGCCGAGGGUGGGGAGAUGGAGCUGCCCGACUCAGAGUGUGAGUGAUGGCGUGCGUGCGUGUUUGUGUGUGUGUGUCUGUCUGUCUGUCUGCCUGCCUGCCUGUCUGUCUCUCUCCCCAGACCUGGGUCAACCACAGGCAGGGAUAGGAGCAAUGGUCAGAUGAUGCAGCACCGCGUGGGGGGAGCUUCCAGCUCUCAUUUGCACCUUCCCCACCUCACCAACUUUGGUCCCUUUCUGGGGCAUGAAUGGUUAACAAAAACCAGAACAGUACUCCAAUAUUGGAGAGUAACAGGGCUGGGGGCUUUGAAUCAGGGUAAAAUCCUGCCUUCUUUUCCCCCAGGACCCACAUGAUCUCAGGGCCCCCUUAGGGCCCCCCUUCCCCAUUUAUAGUUUGGUCCUUCCCUGGCACAAAGGGAGCCCUAGGGCUGGGGGAGGGCGCAAAGGCGGGUAAAGUGCCACUGUUUUAGCAAAAUCUUCCCUCCCAAGAAGAAGCCAGCCUGCCUCCUGCACCCCACCGCCACCAACCAGGGGAGCCGCUUAAGCUUACCUAUCAACUAUCCCCUCACCCACCAGCUAUUUCCCUAGGGUGUAGUGGGUAAUUCUCAUCCUAAAAGAGCCCCCACCUGCCCAGGCCUUCAAGGCAGAAACCAACUGGGGUGGCCAGAAGAGAGGCCAGGCCAGGCCUGUGUUCUCGUUUUAGUUGCACUGGGUUGGAGUAGAGGGUGGGCGUUCUGGCUUUCCCGAUGCUCCUGUCUUGUCGGUCUCUUUGCAUGUGUGGAUUUUUUUGUGUGUGCGUUUCUGUUUGGGUUUUUGUUAUUGGGGUUUUUUGUUUGUUUGUUUGAUUUUUUUUUAAAUAAAGAAAGAAGAUGUGUAUAUUUUUGGCAACGACAGAAACGUAGUGCAGAUAUAUUUUUGCCUGUGCUGCUCAGCUGUUUUUUUCUGAUACUGAAAAUAAUAUUAAUAUUCCUGUUGAUAAGACUUUGUAAGAUGUUAGGGAGCUGAUAAUGGAAGGGGUGGGUGGGAGUCUUUCAGAGGCAAUUUCUUAGGCACUUGCAAGGGCUUGGGGGAGGGGGGAGGCAGUUGUGAUGACCUCAGAGAUACUCACUUUUUAUUAAUGCUAAAUAUCAGUUAGAAAGAAUGAUAGAAUUCAACAUUGUAUCCAUCUUAGUCUAUUAAGCUCUGUUACUCCCUGCCCCCAAACCACUGAAAAGAAAAAAUAACCUUCAGAGAUUCUUAGAAGAGUUGCUCAUUCACACCCCACCCUUGCCCAAUGCUGGCCUACUUACAGCUGAGGUUAACUUCUGUUCUGGACAGUAGGGGAAGUAAAACACCCCAAGGCUGCUGACUGGAAGAGAGAGUGGUCCUAAGGAUUUAGUGCGCUGGAACCAGGACCCCCAGCUCAUCUGCCCUUCCCCAACCCAAAGUCUGGGGUUCUCUCCAAGAGUCUGUGGUCUCUAACUUUCCCAAGCCCUUUGCAUUCCCCAUACUGAGAUGCUGUGCAGAUUGCGGGGUUAGAUUUGAAGGGGCCCAGGCUGGGCAUGAAUUGGUGCCCCCCACUUCUGGCUCUUAGGUAGUGGCAUUUCCUUCUGAGGAAGCUCAAUAAUAGAAAAGGUCUGGGAGAUCUUUGGAAGGAAGCAGGAUGCCAAUGCCAAGGGUGGCUGUAAUGACCUCACCCUCUCCCAGCCUCACCCCCUUCUUUGACAAUGACUUUAGAUUGGGGGGUGGGAAGGGGUUCAGAUUUUUAGAUCUCUAGGGGAGGGGAAGGAUGUGGUUUACAGAACGGAAGCAGGGUUGGAAGAUGCAUAAGAGUAGAGCUCUGUCACAGCGAGGAGGGUGAGUGGGUGUGCAUGCAGAGCCACUGUCUGCUGUAGGGUGUCACAACUGGUGCAGUGUCAGAGAUAGAAAGGACCUGUCUUUCCAGGCUUAGCAGGAGCAGGGGCUCAGCAGAGCCAGGACUACCCUCCUGAUCUUUGGCUUCCCUGCUCCACUGCAUGGCCACCACAUGGUUUGCUGUCUGUCCCUGUGUGUGUGACACGUGUGAAUGCAGGGUUGUGCUUGGCUGGGAGGGUGUCUACAUAGCACUGACAGUCUUAGCUGAAAACUGACACAUGAAGGGUCCUUUUGUUUUUCCUGCUUGUGGGUGUUUCCCUUCAGGCUCCUGGGUCUACUGCUGCCUCCUGGUGUCCUGCCCUUGAGGCUGCUGAAGGGACCCCUGCCCAUUCCUGUACUGAGUUCUAGGGAAGUGCUCACCUCAGACUCUUAGGAAGGGUCUAAAGGAAUGAAGGCAGCCCAUGCCCAGGGCCAGCUCUGAGAAAGGGUAACCUCCACACUUGUCUAUCCCAAACUGGAAAUGAGAACAGAUUUUCAAAGGCAUAGGCUUCCCCUGCCAGCUUCCAGCAUCUUCCUUGGUUUGCGAUGGAUCAGUGUCAGGGUAGGCAGCUUGCUCCCAGUUCUCCUUUACCCCAGUUUAUUCCCUGGGAAGAGGUGCCUAAAGGGACCGAGGUGUCGGGAAUCUAGAGGAAGGUAGGGAAGUAGCCUUGGUGCCCUCCUGCCAUAUCAAUCCGGAUUAAAAGUGCGUCUAAGCUCCUGACCACUUUGUCUUGAUCUACUGAAAACUUGGGGACUGAGUGAUGCUCUCUUUCCCCGUUCACUUUCUCAACGUGGGACUUGGGUGGUGGGAUUGGAGACCCAAGCCCUGGCUCCCACCCGCCCCCCUUUCCAUCCCAGCCUGUUUCCAUGUAGCAGACCUUCCUAGGGAGCGGGAGGGGAAGCCACAGAAUGCAAACCCAGGGGUUCCUUUUUCAUUCUUUCUAAAACCUCCUUUAUAUCCUCAGCCCAAAAGGCAAUGUCCCUUGCCACCUCCAAGCCUGGAAUUGUGCAUAACCCGGAUCUUGUAUCUUUGUAUACGGAUGUUAUUUGUACGAAGGGCAGUUCGUAAACAGCACUUGUUCUUUUAAUAAAAGAAUGUUUUGCAAAAAAAAAAAAAUCCAAAGA